UUGUUCAGGCGAGGUGAAGGCAGCUCAGUGGUCCUGAGACUCAGGUGAUGGGCUGGUUAAUGUUUACUCCUCGUUUUCAAUGGCAGAGAGUUUUUCACAAACAGAGACUUUUCUUUCUGCCUGCAGCUGAAAUGGCUACAGACGCGUCCUGGUUGUCUCCAGCGGAGAGAGAGCAGCUGAUGAUGGAGCUGAAGGCCACAGGCUGGGUGGAGCUGGAGGAGAGAGACGCACUGUAUAAAGAACUGCACUUCAAAACAUUCAACCAGGCUUUUGGCUUCAUGUCUCGAGUGGCUCUGCAAGCAGAGAAGAUGAACCAUCAUCCAGAGUGGUUUAAUGUUUAUAACAAGGUCCAGAUCACGUUAACGACUCAUGAUUGCGGAGGACUGUCCAAAAAAGACAUCAGACUGGCCAAAUUUAUUGAUAAAGUGGCUCUGACUAUGUAGCGCCUGUUAAGAAAAAGACUGAUUUCACAUUUGUAGACAAGUUUUUUUUUUUGGCACUAGACAAUUUAGUCUUCCUUCUUCAUGACUUUUCUUCACAACGUCAGACACGUUUAGUAGCAUAGCCUGAUAUUAGGGUGAGUGACAUCACAUGCAUUUUUUUUUGUGUACAAAUAUAUAUUUUUCUCGUUAAAUAAUUUAAUAAAUACAUGACCUGUCACAUAAGUCUACAGUACAUCCUUUAUGUGAAGGCAAUUUCAGUGCUUCAAAAUAGAAGUCAUUUUAGGCGCUUAGGCUUCCCAAAGUCUAAAAAUGCCAGGUGGUGUGGCAGCCCAACCAUGUAUGCAGAUUAAAUAAACUAUUAAAAGGGUGGUUUUGUAAUAUUAAAUUCUGUAGACGUUUGGAACCUUUAAAAUUACGGCAUCUUUACAGCUCUGAAAAUAUUCACCUCACUGAUAAGGUGGUUGGUUAGUGUAGUGGCUAACACCUCUGCCUUCUACGCUGUAGACUGGGGUUCAAUCCCCCACCAGAGUCAGCUCCAUACACUAUACCAAUAAGAGUCCUUGGGCAAGACUCCUAACACCACCUUGGCCUACCUGUGUAAAAUGAUCAAAUUGUAAGUCGCUCUGGAUCAGAGCGUCAGCCAAAUGCCUUAAAAUGUGAAUGAUAAACUUUUGUUUCUACUCACCGAUUUUAUCAUAUGUGGUGGCACAAACGACAAAAGGACUUUUAUUCUGACAUACUUUUAUGAAGAAAUGUGCAGGGCACUGCAUCAUAAAGAAGACCCCAAGUGACUUUCAUGGUGCAGUCAGCAGCUCUUUCACAAAUAUCAAAAAAAAAAAAAUUGAGUCAUGGUCAGGCUGGUCCAGUUUACCAGGUC